AAAUAUAAUUUCUGGUCUAUUGGUACAGAUAUGUGUGUUAGUAUCAUUUAUAGUAAAACUGCAGCUCACCGCCUGUGCAAAUUAGCAGUGUACCAUUCUGCAAAAAGGAUCAUAACAGAGAGAACACUAUACGCUAAUCCACUCCUGUAACCCUCUCUGUAUUUCUGCUUUUGUUGCAGUGAGAGAGAAAGAAAGAGAGAGAGAGAGAGAGAGAGAGAGAGAGAGAGAGAGUAUGUGUGUUUGUGUCUCUUUGCAUUUCGUUCCUUUUCAUUUCUCCUUGUUUGAUGCAAACUUAACUCGGAGGGCUUAUUUUGCUGCUGGCUGCAUACUUCAGUGUACACAGUUUAAAGCCUUUGAAAAGUUAACACCACAUUGUGAUAAGUAUCAAAUGUUGCCCUUUCGAGAAGCAGAGGAAGACAGUAGUCCUAAUUUUAGUUGGGGUGUCAAGAAGGGAAAGGGUGCCCUUAACAAGGGUGUCCAAUUUUACAAAUCAUUCACUUAUGAGGGGGUUGAUAUCUCCUUAUAUGAUUGUGUGUACAUGUGUCGUCCUGAUGAAGAUGAGCCAGACAUCGGUAAGGUUGUCAAGAUAUGGGAGACAGCCCAAAAGAAAAGGAUGGUUAAAGUUGUAUGGUUUUUCCGUCCCACCGAGGUAAUUCAUUGGUUGGGUAAUAUCAAGCUGCUUGACAAUGAGUUACUCUUGGCUUCAGGAGAAGGCAUAGGGCUUUCAAAUUGUAAUCCUGUGAUUUUAUUGCAGGAAGCCAUCACUGGUAAAUGCAAUGUUGUCUGCAUAUCAACUGAUACGAGGAACCCUCAGCCAAAAGACGAAGAUUUGGACACAGCUGACUUUGUCUUUUGUCGCACCUUUGAUGUCAGAACUCGCGAGAUAUCUGAGGAAUUUCCAAAUUCAAUCGCACAAAUUGAAGUGGAGCAUUACUUCAAUAAGGAGACGGAUCAGAAGCAGCCUCUUCAUCAUGGAGGAAAAGGAAGUCUUGAAAAGCCACAAUCAUCAUCUUCAUUUGGAGGAACAACAACUAAAACAGUGGUGAAAGAUGGCCAGUCAGGAAGAAGCACUCAACUGAAGAAAGCCACCAGUAGCUCACGGGAAAGACACGGAAAUAUUUCUGUGACAAACGGCACUGUUGCCAGAACUGAAGUAAAGUAUUCUUGUUGUAUUUCUCCUACUAGCCUAUCUGAUUCUCAUGCUUUGAAGAAGAGGAAGCUUCUAGACUCUUCAGGUACUGCACCGUUUGAACAACAUAAGGUCAUGCAAUCUAAGAGUCAGGUUACAAAAGUGGUAGAAAAAGGUGGACAAGGCAAUAUUUCUGUGACAGACAAGACUGUUGCUGGAACUGAAGUAAAGCAUUCAUAUUGUACCUCACCUACUAGCUUAUCGAAUAUCCAUGCUUUGAAGAAGAGAAACCUUCAAGAUUCUUUAGGUACUGCACCAUUUGAACAACGUAAGGUCAUGAAAUCUACGAGUCAGGUGAUCGAAAUAACAGCAUGGGUGAAGGAGGGUGCUAGCACAUGGUUCAAGGAGCAGCCAUGGAAUGAAAGACUCCAUGUAGCUCAAGAGCGAGGCACACUUGUGUUGCUUGAGAAUCUUGAUCCUUCAUAUACAUCAGCAGAAGUGGAGGAUAUUGUCGGGCGUGCCUUGGAACAAAAGGUUAGUGCAAAAAUGGUGCAACAUAAUACCUUCUCAAAUUCACUGAAUGGGAAAGCAUUUGUUAUCUUCAAAUCAAGUGAGCAUGCAGAGACUGCCAUUUCUAAAUUGAAAAAGAGAUGCCUUAUGUUAGGUGAUGGAAGGCCAGUUGUUGCUCGGAGAGGAACUAUAGAGGAGCCAGUGAAAUGUAGUGGCCUUCCUGGCCAUCUGUCCAUUGGUAGAAUCAAAUUUCAAAAGCUAGGAGAAGAAAUGAGAAAAGCAGUAUCAACAUCACACCACUCUCAGAGUAACACAAUCGAACAUGAGAUGGCCGUCGAAUGGCGUGCACUACAGGAAAAGUCAAGCCUUUGGUGGAAAGCUUUACAUGAGAAACAAGCAGCAGAGAUUGAACUACUUAGGGGCAAGUUGAAGAGCCCUAUUUGGAACUAAGCCCUGUAUAGGAUCUAACCGGACUCUUUUUGUUGGUUUCCUUGUGUACAAGCGGUAUACAGAGGUGCCCCCUUUUUGGAUAUGGGAUUGCACCUAAGCAUAGAGUAGUACAGAGAUUACAGAUUAGUAUUAUCUGAUGAUAGAAUGCAAUUCUUUUUGUGCAGCACAACACUGCAUUGCUGUGAAUUCGAAAGUUGUACACAGUUAGUCAGUUAUAGGAAAUUGGUGCGGUUUGACUUUCUUUCCACAUCAUAACAACCAGAUUCUUUUUUCUUCAAAAAACCAACAUUAAGUCCCUAAUCAUAUAUCUACUUAAGAAAAACAUAUAUCUACUUAAAAUUCGUACA